AUGGGCUGCUUUGACUGUGGAGGUGAAGAUGAACCAAAGAGAGUGUUAAAGCUCAUUUUGCUAGGUACGGCUCAAAGUGGAAAGAGUACACUCUUUAAACAAUUGAGAAUUAUUAAUAAUAAGCCCUUCACAGAGAAGGAAAAGAUUUCCAUGUCGAAUGUGGUGAGAGAGAAUUUGAUUGAGGGAUGUUCGGCAAUACUCAAAGCAAUGCACGAUCUAGGAAUUGAGUUGAUGAAGGAGAAUGAAGAUACAGCCUCAAUGAUAAUGUCUAUUGCUAAGGAGCCUGUUAUUGAAAUUCAAAAAAUCCUAACAACAAAAACCGAGAAUUAUGGAGAGGAUAUUGCUGGAAAGAUUGCAAAACUGUGGAAAGAUCCAGGCAUGAAACAGUGUUUGGCCAAAAGAUCUGAAUUUACCAUCAAUGACACUAUUGAAUAUUUCCUGGAUCAUUGUGAAAGAAUAUGCAAACCAGAUUAUGUAGCCACCCAGGAAGACAUCAUCAAAGCCAGAUUAACCACCCUAGGUAUUACUGAGGUUGAAUUUGAUGCCGAUGGAUACAGAUGGAAAUUCACAGAUGUUGGUGGUCAAAGGACGGAGAGAAGAAAGUGGAUUCAUGCCUUUGUGGAUACUACAGCUGUCGUGUUUAUUUGCUCACUUAAUGAUUUUGAUAUGAAUUUAGAGGAAGAUAAGACUACCAAUAGAAUACACGAAAGCUUACUUCUUUUUAGAGAAAUUUGUGAGCUUGAUUGUUUCAAGUCCAUUCCAAUUAUUGUCUUAUUCAACAAGGAUGAUCUGUUCAGAGAAAAGAUUAAGAAUGCAGAUCUGAGAGUGGCCUUUAGUGAUUACCAUGGAGGACAUCAAUAUGAAUCAGCUCGAGAUUUCAUCAUUAACAAAUUCAAAUCACUUAACUCUAAGAAUACUCAACUCUAUAGCCAUGUAACAACAGCCACCAACACCAAUAAUAUCAAGAUGGUCUUUAAUGAUGUGAAGAAUAUCUUGCUUCAAAAGGAUUUGGAAACACUGAACAUUAUAUAA